CUCUCCCCGCCCAGCUCGCGCGGGUCCGCCUGUCCCUGAGGGCCCUUGAGGAGCCAUGGCCGGGGUGCAGAGAGAGCUGCUCGGGCACUCGCCGCACGUGGGCGAAGCGGGGGCUGUGGAAAAGUUUGUGCUGAAGUCAGACAGGGUGAAAGUGGAGCUCCUCUCCUUAGGCUGCAUAAUCACUGCGCUGGAAACCAGAGACAGGGAUGGCCAAGCCUCAGACAUUGUCGUGGGCUUUGAUCAUUUAGAAGGCUAUGUCAACAAACACCCCUACUUUGGAGCAGUCAUUGGGCGUGUUGCCAACAGAAUUGCUAAAGGGAAAUUUAUCCUGGAGGGAAAGGAGUAUCAAUUAGCCAUCAACAAUAAGCCCAACAGCCUGCAUGGAGGAACAAAGGGAUUUGACAAGGUUCUCUGGACCCCCGAGGUGCUGCCAAAUGGUGUUCGCUUCUUCCGAAUAAGUCCAGAUAAUGAGGAGGGAUACCCUGGUGAACUGAAGGUUUGGGUGACAUAUACACUAGAUGGUGGGGAAUUAGCAAUCAACUACAGAGCUCAAGCCAGCAAGGCUACUCCAGUUAAUUUGACAAACCAUGCUUACUUCAAUCUAGCAGGCCAGGGCUCACGUGAUAUCUAUGACCACGAGGUUUCCAUUGAAGCAGACUCUUACCUGCCUGUGGAUGACACUUGUAUACCCACCGGAGAAGUGGCUGCGGUGCAGGGCACAGGCUUUGACCUCAGGCAGCCUGUGGAGAUUGGGAAGCACCUGAAGAAGUUCCAUCUUGAUGGCUUUGACCAUAACUUUUGUCUCAAGCAAUCAGCGGUUCGGCAGUUCUGUGCAAGAGUUCACCACCCCCACAGUGGCAGAACCCUGGAGGUCUACACUACACAGCCAGGGGUCCAGUUUUACACUGGAAAUGCUUUGGAUGGCUCUCUGACAGGCAAGGGUGGCACAACGUAUCCCAAGCACUCUGCCUUCUGCUUGGAAACCCAAAACUGGCCGGAUGCAGUCAACAAGCCCCACUUCCCAGAUGUCCUGCUGCAGCCAGGAGACGAGUACAACCACACAACUUGGUUCAGGUUCUCUGCAUCUUGAGGAAAGUCAGCUCAGCACCCAAAAGCAAACAAACAGCAAUACGUGCUCCGUACAUUAAGCAAAAUCCACUAAAAAUGGUGGAAGGAUCUUCCAAACUACAAUAACAUUAGGCAAAUGUGACAGAGGCAGGGACUUUCCCUGCCUGGGGAUGGGUUGGUAGAAGCACUGUGGUUGCUUCUCUAUGCUAACUUGACUGUUUCCAUGGAAACCACUGGCAAAACUCUGGUUGAUUCCAGUGAGCGGGGGAAGUAGGCCAGCCGUGAGUGCUUUUGAAAGGCUCCCCCCAACAGCCCUAGUCGCCACUAAAUAUCUUUCCUGUCACUGACAGGCUUAUAGCCCACUUUCUCCCCUGGCAUUGAGUUAGGUCCAGUCUUUGAUGCAAUGUGAAGCCUCCAAGUCAUCCUGCUCCCCCACACACUUGUCAGGUUGCUCCUGCUAUAUUUGCCUUGUUUUCACCAAUUCAGUCCAAAAUAAAACCUUGAAUUUGUAGUGCCCAGAAAUGGACCAAAAAUAAUCAACCCAUCAUUCCUUUUUCUGGGCUGUCCCUGACUGUCCAUCCUCCUUGGCUCUGUCUGAUCUGUCUGGUCUAAUCUGGAAAGUUUUACCUGUACCUGGGUUAGGUAAUGUUUUACCAGUAAGUACACCAGUAGAACCCCUCAUAUGGGCCUACAGGUGACUCACACAUGCUGUUCCCCUUCUUGUCUAGGUAUAGUUAAACAAUACAACACACUAGUAUAACUAGUACAACAUUUGCCCCUAGGGACAGAUGUUCUCGCUCUUGUAAGUAGGAACUAAAGCCAGUGGGACUAUGUGAAUGAAGGACUGAAGGGACUACUCCCAGGUACAAGGAUUUGUAGGACCAGGUGCUUUUGAAAUAAGUAAAGCCAGCCUUCUCUUUCAACAAAUAAUACUCGCGGAUAUAAUCUCAACAUGUGUCCUGUUCUGGCCGGAAGGAGACAGCUUUGUGAAGAUUAAAAUCAACACACCUCUGUUUCUUUAGA